AUGACUUCUACUUCUUCCUUCAAACACAAAUGCUUCCAAUAUUUUUUCAUCACCAUAUUCAUCUUACAUGUCUGUCCUGCAACAUCCAUUUUCUCAUCAUCAACAGAUAAUUCCUCAAUCAACAAUUUUCUAGACAUUGCCAAGAGUCCUGAGGUUUUCGAUUGGAUGGUCAGUAUCAGAAGGAAGAUUCAUGAGAAUCCUGAACUGGGUUUUCAAGAAUUUGAGACAAGUGAACUCAUCAGAUCAGAACUGGACAAAAUGGGUAUACCUUAUAAACAUCCAGUUGCAAUCACUGGUGUCAUUGGUUUCAUAGGAACUGGAUUGCCUCCUUUUGUUGCUUUAAGAGCUGAUAUGGAUGCUCUUCCUGUGCAGGAAAAGGUGGAGUGGGAGCAUAAAAGUAAAGUAGCUGGAAAGAUGCAUGCGUGUGGUCAUGAUGUUCAUGCUACCAUGCUACUUGGAGCUGCAAAGAUUCUCAAACACCAUGAAAAAGAUAUACAGGGAACUGUUGUUCUUGUUUUCCAACCAGCAGAGGAAGCAUAUGGAGGGGCUAAGAAAAUUGUAGAAUCUGGAGUUUUAGAAAAUGUUACUGCUAUCUUUGGACUGCACAUUGUUCCUCAACUACCAGUAGGAGAAGUGGCCUCUAGGUCUGGUCCAAUAUUGGCAGGUGGUGGCCGCUUUGAAGCAAAAAUAAGUGGAAAAGGAGGCCAUGCCGCUAUUCCUCAACUCUCUAUAGAUCCCAUUUUGGCAGCUUCCAAUGUGAUUAUUAGCUUACAACACCUUGUUUCUCGUGAAGCCGAUCCUUUAGACUCACAGGUUGUGACGGUUGCAAAGUUCCAAGGAGGUAGUACAUUCAAUGUCAUUCCAGAUCAUGUCACAAUCGGUGGCACCUACCGAGCUUUUUCUAAACAAAGCUUCAACUAUCUGAGAGUGAGGAUUGAACAGAUUAUCGUCGGACAAGCUGCUGUGCAUAGGUGCAACGCGACUGUGGACUUCCUUGAUGAAGUGAAACCUAGCUAUCCUCCAACUGUAAACAAUGGUGACUUGCAUGAGCAUUUUGUGAAUAUUGCAGUGAAUAUGCUUGGUAUCAAUAAAGUUCAUAGUGCCAUGCCACCAGCCAUGGGAGCAGAAGAUUUUGCAUUCUAUCAAGAGGUCAUUCCCGGUUACUUGUUCAUGCUUGGAGUGAAGAAUGCUUCUCAUAAACGGUUUGAGUCAUCAUUACACUCGCCUUAUCUCGAAAUCAAUGAAGAUGGACUCCCAUAUGGAGCUGCACUUCAUGCAUCAUUAGCUGCCAGUUAUCUUCUAAAACAUCAGCAUGAUGUACCUGGUGUUGAGAAAAAAUAUCAUGAUGAAAUAUAA